AUGUCUCUGGGGGGGCUCGGCCAGACCCUGCUCCCCAGCGGCCUGAGGCGUCCCGAGCUCCCCCAGACCUCAACCACCACGCAGCCCCAAGCCCCCUCCUGGAGUCCCUGCCCAUGGGAGACCCAGGCUCAAGGAUCCCUCUCCCCAGAUCACCUGCUGGCCGAUGCAUACUCCGGCCACGACGGGUCCCCCGAGAUGCAGCCAGCCCCCCAGAACAAGCGUCGCCUCUCCCUCGUCUCCAACGGCCGCUAUGAGGGCAGUCUGUCUGAGGACGUGGGCGGAGAGAAGCCAGCAGGCGAGGGUCUCGAGCCCCGGGUGUAUACCAUCUCAGGCGAGCCAGCCCUGCUGCCCAGCCCCCAGGCCGAAGCCAUCGAGCUAGCUGUGGUGAAGGGCCGGCGGCAGGGCGGGCAUCACCACCACAGCCAGCCCCUGCGGGGCAGCCCUGGCAGCAGCAGCCAUGACCUCAACAGGCCCUGCCAGAGCUGGACAGGCAGCCGCCAGGGCUCUAAGGAGUGCCCCGGCUGCACCUCGCCGGCCCCCAGGCCCUCCCCUCAGGCCUUUGGGCUGGCCCCGCCGCCCCUGCCUGAGCCCACUGGCCACCGCAAGAAGCUGGAGAGGAUGCACAGCGAGGACCGAGUGUCUGAUGAAGUGCCCAUUCGCACCUGGUUCCCCAAGGAGAGCCUCUUCAGCUUCCAGACGGCAACCACCACUAUGCAAGCCAUCUCGGUGUUUCGGGGCUACGCAGAGAGGAAGCGCCGGAAGCGGGAGAAUGAGUCCGCGUCUGUCAUCCAGAGGAAUUUCCGCAAACACCUGCGCAUGGUCGGCAGCCGGCGGGUGAAGGCCCAGACGUUCGCUGAGCGGCGGGAGCGGAGCUUCAGCAGGUCCUGGAGCGACCCCACCCCUAUGAAAGCCGACACUUCCCACGACUCCCGAGACAGUAAUGACCUGCAGGGGUCUUGCUGCACCCUGGAUGAGGACUUGGAGGGCCUGGACUGGGAGACUGAGAAGGGUCUGGAGGCUGUGGCCUGUGGCUCAGAGGACUUUGUCCCCCCCAAGGUCAUGCUCAUCUCUUCCAAGGUCCCCAAAGCGGAGUACAUCCCCACCAUCAUCCGCAGGGACGACCCUUCCAUCAUCCCCAUCCUCUACGAUCACGAGCAUGCUACUUUUGAGGACAUCCUGGAGGAGAUUGAGAAGAAAUUGAACAUUUACCACAAGGGGGCUCGGAUCUGGAAGCUGCUCAUCUUCUGCCAGGGAGGUCCCGGACACCUCUAUCUGCUCAAGAACAAGGUGGCCACGUUUGCCAAAGUGGAGAAGGAAGAAGACAUGAUCCACUUCUGGAAGCGUCUGAGCCGCCUGAUGAGCAAGGUGAACCCAGAGCCGAAUGUCAUCCACGUCAUGGGCUGUUACAUCCUGGGGAACCCCAAUGGAGAGAAGCUGUUUCAGAACCUCAGCACCCUCAUGACCCCAAACAAGGUCACCUUCCAGUCCCCCCUGGAGCUGUCGGCCCAAGGAAAGCAGAUGAUUGAGACGUACUUCGACUUCCGGCUGUACCGGCUGUGGAAGAGCAGGCAGCACUCGAAGCUGCUGGACUUUGACGGCGUCCUGUGAGGCCACUGCGCCGGGGGGCCAGGCACUGGGUGAAGUCCUGGCUUGACCACAGUCCUCAGGCCGCUUGCUCAGGUUCUCUGCCGGCUGCCCCAGCCAAGGUUGGACACCCAGCCUGCCCGUGGCCUGGGCUGGAGGCUGUCCUCCGUGGGGCGUAGAAAUAAGUGCCAUUUUUACACCCAAGACAUGCCGAGCGGCGACAUGGCCAGCUCCCGGUGUGCACUGCACUCUGGUCCUGCAGCGGCCGCUUGGCGGGCAUGGUCAGGACUCCCUGGCCGGCCGUCUUCAUCACCAGCACAGGUGAGCCUGGCUGUCCACCCUGAGGCCCCAUUGUCGCUUGGACCCAUACCCGCGCUUAUUCUGACCUCACCGCCCAGUGGGCAGCCCGGGCAGCAACAGAGAAGAGCCCCUUUGGGUGUCAGACCAGCUGCAGUGCUACAUUCCCAACCAGGCAGGCGGGCAGGCAGCCGGGGCUGGGUCCUGGCACAUGCCUGUGGGUGGCCCUCCUGUACAUAGCUGGGGCUCGGGGGCAGGCCCCCCUUUCCAGAGCCAGGCUCGAGGGCAGAGGACGGGGCUGGGGUGCAGACAUGGCUUAAAACAAUGUACGAUACCCCUAGAGUGACAUUAAACUGACCCUCCGCUGCG